UCUUCACAUUAGAGAGUUUCAGAGUCGGCUUGUGCGGGUUUCAGAAUCAGAAGGGAUUGAGAAAGUUGAAAAGGGAAGAAUCGAGAGCGGUUCCCAUAUAUUGAAAGAGGAGAAAAACACAGUUCUGUUGGAUUUUACUUUUUGGAAGUUUCCUGGGAGGUUGUCUUGCGGACACAGGAGCCAGCAAUGCGUCUUGGAAAAGAAAAUCAACGAAGGUGCACGCUGUCGCUAUCAGGCUGAAAGCAAGUUAUUCAUGGAGUAACGAAAAAGUUCUGGGAAUCAUGAGCACAGGUGUGAAGAAGCCACCAGUAGCACCCAAACCCAAGACUGUCCAACCUCAGAAGCCGGUGCCACCACCCGUGGCCCCCAAACCUGACGUUGUCCCCUCGCACCCUUCCCCGGUGGCACCGAAGAGAGCCAAGCCGGCCCUCGCCCCCAAGCCAUGCCUUCCCAAAACCUCCACCACUCCAGAAUCUAAACCUGGGACCCCUAAGAGCGUGCCUCGAGGCUUCCCUCAGGAGAAGAGCAGCAGCUCAGAGAAACUGGGUGCGCUCAACUCCAGAAAUGGCAUGCACGCAGACCUCAGCAAGCCGGACUCGGAUUACAUCAUACCGACUUGCACCUGCAGCCGGGGCAGCUGUUCCCAGUGUCAGCACGCCGUCGGCUGCAAAACAACUGAGAUUGUCAUCGAGCCGCUGGAGAAGCAGAAUGGUAGAACUGACAGCCCCAGAGUGCAGGUCUUGCCCGCUCCCAGAACCCGAACUAAAGCGGAGACCGGCCAUGACAGAACAGGGAACAACAAGAGCCAGGUGGUCAAUGCCAGCUUUCUGGAGCAGAAGUUGAAGGAUGUUUGGGUCCAGGCUGUGUCCACUAAUAACUACAAUUUGAAGCACAAGCCUCAGGAGAAGCCCCCGGGGCAGAAUGAAAAGGCCGGCACACUGGACCAGAACCUCAACCCAGCUGGAAACGCUGAUGAGUCUAGCAGGGAGCAACCGUCUCCGGAAGAAUCACUCAUGAAUGAAACCAAUGGCAACUUUGUCCUUCCCAGUGCUGGUCAACCUGAUGUAGUCCCUGCACCUGUGGUGGAGAGUACUCUGGACAAUGGCAGAGAGAGCAGGGAGUCUGGGGAACGACAUCACGAGUCCCCAGUCCCUGCAGCACCCAAAAAGCCCCUCCCUGUUCCCACACCAAGGAAGCCAAGGAAACUGGCUCUUGUAAGGCAAGACGGCGUAGAGGUAACCACGCAGGAGAAGGCUGAGCAAGUUGAGGAAGAGCGUAAAAGCAUGUCGGUGGUGAGGAACAGCCCGUUUCUCUCUCCCAAAGUGUACAUUCACACACAGAGCGUUACCUACUCCAGAAACCCAGCAGCCAAUCAGGGACAGUCCUCAGCCCCCAGGGGACUGGACAUAGAAGAGGACUCCAGAAAGUCAGCAGUCAAUCAGGGACUGUCCUCAGCCCCCAGGGAACUGGACACAGAGGAGGACUCCUGCCUUCCUGUCCCUCCCCGUCGUGUGAUGUCCCUUAUGCCCGCCCCUGACAAGCAGCUGAACUCUCCCCCCAAGGAGCAGACUUUGGAGGAGGGGGUGGAUUAUUGCAAAGCAUCUGAAACAGAAAAUCCAACAAAGAAAGAGGAGGAGGAGGAGGAUGAAGAGGAGGGCUACGGGUUUGUCCGUUACCCAGAAACCAGAAGCCUACCUAAACAGAUCAAGCUCAGCUGCAACAUGCCACUCUCCCUGGCAACCAGGUCACCAUCGGCUGAGGAACCGUCACCGAAGGUGGCUCCGAAGAAGCCGCAGAGGCACAGUCUGCCGGCGUCAGUGCUGCUGAGGAAGGAGCUGUCGGAGGAGGCAGAGAGGGGAACGACCGGGGGCGAGGGAGACCCCUCUUUCAUUAAGGAGGAGGAAGAACAUCCAGGUACCAAGGAGCUCGGCGACACCAUGCGCGAGAGCGAAGAAAUGAUUGGAGAGCUCCCAUCGCCUCCAUCGGAAAAAACAUCAUGGAGGUUCCCUCGACCAUUUUUUGGGAGACAAGGGUCUAGAAACUGCAGCACUGGUGAGGCACAGAUCAAGUCAAACCUGGGGAAGCCGAGGGCGAAGUCUUUCUCUGCAGCGGACCUGGUGCGGUCCGACGGCCAGAAGAGGAGCUCUUUCCGGAAACUUCUGGAGUUGAAGCUGUCGGUGAAAAGGCUGCCCAAAUUGUUGGUGAAGGGCAGCCAGUCCCUGGACUGCACCUCUGUGGAAACGGAGCAGUCUGUAGACGGGGACUGGAUCCCAGGGGAAUCGGACAGCACCGCCAUCGAGAACCAGCAGGCCCCGCUGCCCAAUGGCCAGUGUGUGACCCAUGGCGGCACGCCGGUCCUCCAACGAAAACUGUCGUGUCCACUGAUUGGCAGGGAGCAGAGUGUGGAUGGAGAAGAACUUUGCCCUGGAGGGGAAUCUGUUGCGGAGUACGAGAAUGUUCCGUUUUACGACGAAAUCCCAGAGUACAUGAACCUGCCUUUCCUGAACGCGACCCAUCUUGGCUGGCAGAACUCCUCCAGCCUGGAAGAUGCGGAUGGGGACAUCUACGAAGAGCAGGAGCCAUACGAGCCUCAUGGGAAAUACAUCCCUGAUGAGCUGCGUGGCCUGGUCCAUGAAAGAGCCUCUUUGGAGGAAGAUGACGGGCACUCCGGGGAUGAGGAAGUCAUGGACAGCUCGGAUGAGGAGGAGGACGAUGGCAGCUCCGCCUCCAGCAAGGGGGAGCUGGACCUCUCCGGCGACAGACAGCAUGAGGUCGGGGUCAAAAAGAGCAAGGUGGUGCACAUCGCCAAGGAGAUCAUGAGCUCUGAGAAAGUAUUUGUGGAUGUUUUGAAGCUUCUCCAUAUUGAUUUCCGCGAUGCGGUGGCCAAGGCCUCUCGUCAGAGCGGGAAGCCCACGAUCGAGGAACGCGUUCUGAACCAGAUCCUCUACUACCUGCCCCAGCUGUACGAGCUGAACCGGGACCUGCUGAGGGAGCUGGAGGAGAGGGUGGCCCACUGGAACGAUCACCAGCGCCUGGCGGACAUCUUCGUGAAGAAGGGGCCGUACCUGAAGAUGUACUCCACCUACAUCCGCGAGUUCGACAGGAACGUGGCCCUCCUGGACGAGCAAUGCAGGAAGAACCCGGGCUUCGCGGCGGUCGUGCGGGAGUUCGAGAUGAGUCCACGCUGUGCCAACCUGGCUCUGAAGCACUACUUGCUGAAACCUGUUCAGAGAAUCCCCCAGUACCAGCUGCUGCUCACAGAUUAUUUGAAAAACCUCCCUGAAGAUUCCUCAGAUUAUAAAGACACUCAAGCUGCACUCUCUAUUGUGAAGGAGGUGGCCAAUCAUGCCAACGACAUCAUGAAGCAAGGGGAUAACUUCCAGAAGCUGAUGCAGGUCCAGUACAGUUUGAAUGGCCAUCACGAGAUCGUCCAGCCUGGGAGGGUGUUCCUGAAGGAGGGCACUCUGAUGAAACUGUCCCGGAAAGUCAUGCAGCCACGGAUGUUCUUCCUGUUCAAUGACACCCUGCUGUACACCACCCCAGUCCAGUCCGGCCAGUAUAAACUCAACAACAUGCUGUCUCUGGCAGGGAUGAAGGUGAGCAAACCCAGCCAGGAGGCCUAUCAGAACGAGCUGAACAUCGAGAGCGUGGAGCGCUCCUUCAUCCUCUCGGCCAGCUCGGCAACGGAGAGGGACGAGUGGCUGGAGGCCAUUUCCAAGGCCAUAGAAGACUACACCAGGAAGAAGAUUACCUUUUUCCCCAGCAAGAGCCCAGAGGAGGCGGGCGGGGCGGACAGCGGCGCGCCCCUGGGCUCCAAGGCGCCCAUCUGGAUCCCGGACCUGCGGGCCACCAUGUGCAUGAUCUGCACCUGCGAGUUCACCCUCACCUGGAGGAGGCACCACUGCCGCGCCUGUGGGAAGGUGGUGUGCCAGUCCUGCUCUUCACACAAGCACUACCUGGAGUACCUGAAGAACCGGCCGGCUCGAGUGUGCGACCACUGCUUUGUCAAGCUGCAGCAGAAGAGUGACCAGGCCGAGUCGGCGGGGCUGUCCUCCAGCGGGAGGUUGGCCACCGGGACCUUCUCUUCCGUGCUCCACCCCUCCAGGAAGCAGAAGAAGAUCCCCGCCGCGCUCAAAGAGGUGUCGGCAAACACAGAGAACUCCUCGAUGAGUGGCUACCUACUGAGGUCAAAGGGCAAUAAGAAGCAGUGGAAGAAGCUCUGGUUUGUCAUCAAGAACAAAGUGCUGUACACGUACGCCGCCAGUGAGGAUGUGGCGGCACUGGAGAGCCAGCCCUUACUGGGGUUCUUCCUGAGGGAGGAGCGGUCGGGAGACGCGCAGAAGCUGCAGUUCAAGCUCUACCACAAAAACACACUCUUCUACAUCUUCAAGGCUGAGGACGCACAGACAGCCCAGAGGUGGAUAUACGCUUUCCAGGAGGCCAUGGUCCUCUGACCGCUCCCUCACUGCGCCUAUCGCCUCCUCCACCAGCACUGAUAAGACACUGCAGCUAACAGGACGAACCCUACAGCCACAUGGCGUCCAUCUUGGCUCCAGUGCACCUCCUCCUCACAGGAUGGUACUAGAUAGGACCUCUUCAGAACCAGCAGCCCCCUUUUAUGAGGGUGUUUCCCUGUGCCUUCAUGGAUCAAACGCACCAAGGAAAGGAAUGGCUCAACAGUACAAGAUGUCCUUCCAAAUGCCGUGUAGGAGCCAGAAUAUAUUUGCAAGUGCCUUAAAGAUCAAUACCAGCAUUCCCUCUCCGCUUGAGGGAUCAAGCGAGGAGAAGUGCUGCACUUUAUGCCAGUGUGUGUAUGCACACGUAAAGUGUAUUUUAAAGAGCAGAAACAGGAUGUAAGGCUUUUUUUUUUUAAACUGCUGAUUCAGUCAGGAAGGAUGUAAUUCUGAUGUUAACGGGGUCAGUCGAGGUUUCGAGAAGCAGCGGUCACGUUACAGGUGCGGGUCGGAGGUCAAGUCCGGAGCGCGUCCACGGAAGUGUCGCGCCACCUGGUGCCCGGGAGGUCCAGGUCAGCCACGGAGCGGUCACACUCGCCCUGCACGAGGGUUUUCACAGCAAUUGUGAAAAUUCUAUGCUACAAACGGGAGAGGAGACGAUCCGCCUGCUCGUAGAUUCCUCGAAUGAACCAUGAUUUUUAGAACAAGAAAUGUUUUUAACCCUCUCACACUGAAGUCCGUUUUAAAUGUUUUUGUUUGGGGGGGCAUAACACAGAACUUUAAAAUGUGUGAUUCAGUGUACUGGAAUAACUGGAAGUAGUUUGUGUGUAUAUGAGAACAUAUUCACAUGUAACAGAACACAGAUGUAUUUACGAGUAUGUCAGGGGUAAUAAUGUCACAUAGGCUGGCAGUGACAGGAUUGGUCAACACUGUUAACUUCGUUUUGCAGUUCCCACUUGUAAACCUAGCUCAGUUCAGUAGGUUUAAACUUACAUGCACUACAGUUUUAUCUGCUUACGGCUGUUCCUAGCACAAUGUCACAAGUAGGUCUUGGUGUAAAUGCAGUAAGGGUGUCUUCCAGGUAUCGCUCAGUUGCGAUUUGAACUGGGUGGUUGUCGUGUUGUGCACAAUGUCACUGUUCUGUUAGGUUGACUCUGUCCUCGGUGGCCUGUUAAAACAAGUGAACACCAGGUCUGGGAGAAUUUCUGUUUAUUCACUUGAUGUGAAGGUAGGAAGAACACAAGUCCAUUGCAGGGGCAUUUCCCAGAAUCCAUCUCUCUAUUGCUUAGUACCUGUGGGUACCAGUUCAUAAAAACACUUAGCCAUGGAUUGGUCCCUAAACCUUCCAGUGUCACGGUGGCUGUGCUGACAACAAGGCCGCUGAACCAGCCUUCUGUGUAAGCUGGUGACACUGUCAUUAUAAGAUGAGAUUAAUUCAAGUCCAUGAGUUUGGUGAAAAGAUCUGAUAUAGCACCAUAACCAGUGAGACCUUUUUAAAGAUGCAUUUUAACUGUACAGACGUAAUGGUUUGAUAGAUAUUUAUUACAAAUUGUAGUUGUAGGUGUGUCUGCUGUGCCACUUCAAUUACAUGUAUGGGAGAAAAAAAUGCUAAAGCUCCAUUGUUGUUUUAAAGCACAAUAUGUAAGUAAAAUAUAAUUACUUGUUCAUUUUAGAGCAUAGCAAAAAAAAUGAAACACUUCACAGUCACAGUAAAGGGUGAAUUGAUGGAAAGGAUGUCCUGGUAAGACUGUAACCCACAAAUGGAUGAUUUGGGGAAGUGGAGACUGGGGACUUUUGAAUCCCAUGAAGGUUGCAUGUCGCAGUUGAUACAGUACAAUGCAGGUCAGUAUUGUGCGUUUUGUCAGAAAAGGGUUCACCAGCAUGCAAAUAUGGUUAUUAAUGUUUCUCCAGGACAUCCUUCUAGUGUUCCUACCCCACAAUGUUGCUCACUGCACAAAGGUUAUUAAAAGUUAUUUAAAUGUCCCUUGGUAUCAAGCUAUGUUCCAGCUUCACAUUGACUAUGCCUCUAUUGAUAGAGCAAGGUGUAAUUAUCCAUGGUUUAUUUAUAUUGAAUUUUAUAAAGAGUUUACAUUUUGUAUUUUGCAUAUAUUGGUCUGGUCACCAUAGAUUGCACUGUUAUGCUCGAAACAGGGGAUGGUGGGAAAUGGAGUUCAUUGCGAAGAGAGGGGAACCCAGGAAGAAUGCCACUGUAUGUUCAGUGCCACAUUUUCAUAACUGUUUACGUGUUUCUACACAGUAAUGUAUAAAAUACAAACGUUGAAUAAAUUGUUUCACUGUC